AUGGGAUCUCUUACACGCUUUUCCGAUAUGCACGAUCUUAAUGAUCCUUCGAGUUUACAACUUGACUAUCGUCAGGGCAUUUGUUCGAUUUCAAACGUGGCACCGAUUCCUAUUCUUCAUCAUUCUACACCACCAUAUCAUCAUCAAAAAGAAGUUGAAAUUGCUUCUGACUAUUUGAAUAUGAAUAAUCGAAUCUCUUUUACUGAAUAUUUAACCGAUGAACAUUAUAUUUCGGAAGCUUACGAAUUCUAUCCACCUCAACACAUGACCACUUGCUCUUCUCCAGAAAGCGACAACUACAGCAUGUUUAAUAUGGAAGAACCCAAGAUAAAAAUCGAAUACACUGAACCUAUUGAUCCAUCUUGUUCAAUUUAUAAUAUGCCAAGAACUAUGUCUCAAGAUAGUUGUCCCGAUCUUACAGUUUGCAAUCCUUCAAGUAUUUCAACUUCACCACUUACACCUCUCGAUUCACCUCAUGAUCAAUCACCGAUCAUGUCACCGACAGGUCUUUCAUUAUCCCAUCAUCAUAUUAUAAAUGAUCAAAGGGAUAUUAUUCCAGAAGUAAUGUUAGCAAAUUGUAAUAAUGGACGUGGACGUCGUGGUAGAAUUCCAACUUCAUCAGUACAAGAAAUGUUUCAAGAUCCACAAGAUUUUCAUCGUUCAAUUAUGGGAUCUUUACCUUCUCCACCACCUGCUCAACCACCAACAACGACAACAAAAUCAACUGGCAAAUCAAGAGGACGACGCAUGACAAACAAACCUGCAAAGCCUGGAACAAAAUCUUUUGAAUGUCAUUAUGCUGGAUGUGGAAGAAUUUUUAAACGGUCGGAGCAUCUUAAACGUCAUAUUCGUUCAAUACAUACUCUUGAACGAC